GAAGAAGUAUCAUUCUCAAAUGUUAUUAUCCAUUUUCCAAAGAGACGUGGAAACAUUUUGGAAACUUAUUGUGCUCAAAACAAUUAAAAAGCAGCAAAACAACAGACAGAUUUGACGAAAAGGAUCAUGUAUCUGGAGUAACACAAUUAAAGUCGUCUGUUCAAAAAGCCAUUAGGAGUAAAAUCUUGGAACAGUUUCCAUAUCUUGAGGAUUACAUGAAUCAGAUUUUACCCAAAAAGGAGUCUCUUAGAGUCAUCAAAUGUCAUGAUCAUAUUGAGAUCCUUGUAAAUGCAAGUGGUGAAUUACUGUUUUUUCGUCAACGUGAAGGACCUUAUAUACCAUGUUUAAGGCUUCUUCAUAGAUAUCCAUUUAUGUGUCCUUGGGAACAAGUGGAUAAAGGAGCAAUUCGUUUCGUUUUAAGUGGUGCUAAUAUAAUGUGUCCUGGUCUUACGUCUCCUGGAGCUAAAAUGAUUUCAGUGCCAAAAGGAACAGUUGUUGCAAUAAUGGCAGAAGGUAAACAGCAUGCAUUGGCAGUAGGUAUUACUUCAAUGUCUACUGAUGAUAUAUUAAAAAUUAAUAAAGGAAUAGGUGUUGAAAAUGUCCACUAUCUAAAUGAUGGAUUAUGGCAGAUGAAACCAGUAAAAUAAUUAUUAUAACAAAUUUGAUAGUAAAAAAAUAUAAACUCUUUUGCUAAAUUAACAUCAAACUAUACUGAAAAAUAAAAUUUUGUUACUUCCAUGUGACUAUGUAUUUUUAAAUAGAAAAACUUUGUUUAAAC